AUGAUACCUACGAGGAAGAGCACUAUACGGGCAACCUGUGGUGAUGCGCAUACUCAUGGUGUUCGUCAGCAACAGCUGGAAACAAAUACAUCUAGGCAGGUGAAUGGUUGCUUGGACAAGCAUUGCUGUGCGAUGCAUUUGUCAACAGCCUAUUUCACGACACUCACCAUACAAUUUAUCGUCAUCACACAAGCUAUCAUUUUCCUAUUGGUCAAUUAUUUGCGAGGUUUGGAGGAAUACUCGGUGGCAAAUCCCGACUUGAAAGGUAUUCUACGAUUCAACUGUCUUUUGCCACUGGUCAUUGUCCAGGUAUCAUGGCUUUUAAGCGCAGUCGGCUCGAUUUACUCAGUUCAAAGGAUCGCACCGUAUCUGAUGCUUCCUCACCUCUUCACCUCAUUAGUUGUCUUAUUCGCAGCUAUAGCACUUGUUGCUCUAACAAUUUAUCAUCUUAGCAAAGGUAUGUCAAAAUGUCUUCGGAACUUAUCAAGUCGAAAAAAUGAUUCAGAUUUAUUGACAAAAUCCUGA